CGAAGGGCAGAGGGAACUUCCUCUUCCGGCUGACCCACGGGAGGAAAAUGGCGUCGCUGGUUCCUCUUGUCCUGUUUCAAGGGGUCGAAGCGGCUCCUGGGAGGUCCUGCAGCCAUUUUUUAAACAAUGAAACUAGCCCAUUACUGUGAAUCUUACAGACAAAGAGGAUGCCAAGAAGAGCACGCUGGGCAACAGAGAAUGAGAAGCAGCAUUAAAAUCCAAAAUGAACCAUCAGUCAAAAUCUUUUUUCAAUUCCUCUUGAAAGGGUAAAAAGUCUUCUUCCUCCGCAAAUGGAAGAAAAGGGGGAGAAUAACAAUAACAAAGUUUUCAGUUGGGAAAAAUAGAGUAUAUGGAGCUUAGGAAGACAUUCAAGGAGGAAAAUAUUCAAAUAAAGAAAAAGUGGGAAGUACCUGAAAGUCAGUGGGAAGAAAAAGGUCCAGAUGGCCAAAAUGGGCAUGUAUUAAUGAAAGCAUUUAUGGAAGGAAAGAGUGGCUUGAAUAAAAGAACCUCCAAGUAAGAGAUCAGAAAUAUAUUUGGCCUUCUCAAGAAUCCAAGAAUAUCAGUGUUGGAAAACCCCCAGAGACUGCCUAUUGUGAGAAAAACAGAUUGCAGAUCACGGCUGAUUAUACACAACAGGAUCCACCCAGUGAAAAACGAUUCAAAUGUUUAGAGUGCGGCAAAAGCUUUACUCGGAAAAGCUUCCUCAUAAUUCAUGGAAGGACUGAUACCGAACAGAAACUCUACCAGUGCUUCCAAUGCAACAAAAGAUUAAGCAUGAACACCAAUGUGAGAAACAAGAGGACUCACACUGGGGAGAAACUCUUUUGAGUGUCCUGAUUGUGGGAAAAGUUUAUCUCGGAAUUCUGACCUGGUGAUACAUCAGAUGACUCACAUGGGAGAGAGACCAUAUGAAUGUCCGGAUUGUGGGAAAAGCUUCAAGGAGAAUUCCAAGCUUGUGAUACAUCGGAGGAUUCACACAGGAGAAAAACCAUAUGAUUGUCCAGAUUGUGGGAAAAGUUUCAAUUGGAAUUCUGAGUUGGAAAUACACCAGAGGACUCACACGGGGGAGAAACCAUAUGAGUGUCCUGAUUGUGGGAAAGGUUUCUCUCGGAAUUCUGACUUGGUGAAACAUCAGAGGACUCACACUGGAGAGAAACCAUAUAAAUGUUGUGAUUGUGGGAAAAGUUUCAGUCAUAAUUCGUAUCUGGUGAAACACCAGAGGACUCACAAGGGAGAUAAACGGUUUGAGUGUUCAGAUUGUGGAAAAGGAUUCAAUUGGAAUUCAGAACUGGUGAUACACCAGAGGAUUCACACAGGAGAAAAACCAUAUAAGUGUCUGGAGUGUGGUAAACGUUUCAUUCAAAAUUCCCACCUGAUUAUACACCAGAGGACUCACACAGGAGAGAAACCAUAUAAGUGUCCAGAUUGUGGGAAACAUUUCACUAGGAAUUCUGACAUGGUGAUACACCAGAGGACCCACACAGGAGAGAAACCAUAUAAGUGUGCAGAUUGUGGGAAACAUUUCACUCGGAAUUCUGACAUGGUGAAACAUCAGAAAACACAUACAGAAGAGAAAGCAUAUAAAUGUUGUGAUUGUGGAAAAAGUUUCAGUCAGAAUUCCUACCUGGUGAAACACCAGAGGACUCACACGAGAGAGAAACCAUAUAAGUGUGCAGAUUGUGAGGAAAGCUUCCAUCGGAAUUCUCACCUGGCAGUACACCAGAGAACUCACACAGGGGACAAAGUGUAUCAAUGUCCGGAUUGUGGUAAAGGUUUCACUCGGAAUUCUAACCUGGUGAUGCACCAAUUGACUCAUACAGGAGAAAAAUUAUAUGAGUGUCUAUUUUGUGGGAAAAGUUUCUUUCGGAAUUCGAACUUGGUGAUUCACCAGAGGACUCACACGGGAGAGAAACCAUAUGAAUGUCCUGAUUGUGGGAAAAGUUUCAGUCAGACUUCCAACCUGGUGAAACACCAGAGAACUCACACAGGAGGAAAACCCUAUGAGUGCCUUGAUUGUGGGAAAAGAUUCAGUUGGAAUUUGCACCUUGUGACACACCAGAAAACUCACAUAGGAGAGAAACUGUUUGAGUGUCCAGAGUGUGGGAAAAAUUUCAGUUACAAGUCUGAACUGAUAAAACACCAAAAAACUCACAGAGAAAAGAGACUGUAUGAGUGUGUGGAUUGUGGGAAAUGUUUCACUCAGAAUUCCAAGCUGGUGAUUCACCAGAAAAUUCAUACUAGAGCGAAACCCUAUAAGUGUCCGGAUUGUGAGAAAUGUUUCAGUCAGAGUUACUACUUGGUGAAACACCAGAGGAUUCACACAGGUGAAAAAACGUAUCAGUGUCCAGAUUGUGGGAAAGGUUUCAGUCAGAAUUCCUACCUGGUGAAACACCAGAGGACUCACACAGGAGAAAAACCAUAUGAGUGUCUCGAAUGUGGGAAAAGUUUUAGCUGGAAUUCCAAUUUGGUGAUACAUCAGAGGACUCACACAGGAGAGAAACCAUUUGAGUGUCCAGAUUGUGGAAAAGAUUUCAGUAAUAGAUUUAGCCUUCUAAAUCAUGUAAGGUUACACAUAGGAGAAUAACCACCGCCCUGAGUCCUUCAGGAGUAGGGCAGUAUAGAAAUCAAAUAAAAUAAAUAAAUAAACCAUUUAUAUACCCAGAUUGUAGACAGCGUUUUGCUCAAAAGUCCUCUCUUAUCACACAAGAGAUUUCACUUGAAGCAAAAUUUGAUGUGCGUAGAGGAAUCUUGAAUUUCAUUUCUUGUCUCUUACGGAAGCGCAGCUGAGCAAUUAACCAUGUAAUUUUUUGCAUGAUUCUUUUUAGUGAAACAUGUCUUAGAUAGUUCCCUUUCAUGGAGUUGAGGGGAACUGCCAUGCUGGGCCAGAGAAAGCAAGGUUGGAUCUCUAUUAAUUUGCCACCUUUAGUUAUUUCUACAUAUAAUAAAGGGGGAUAUAAAUAUGUUUGUAUGCAUUUUUACUUAAUUUGAAAAUCCAUUUGGCAGCUAAAGUCAUGGUUAUUCCACAUAGUUUACAGCAAUAAAGCCUUAGUACAGAAACCAAUAAACUCCAUAUAUUGCAAAUGGCAAAAUGCAAAGCCUCCGCAUUUAACAUGUACUUAUUUAUUUUAUUUAUUUAUUGGUUCAAUUUAUAUGCCGCCCUUCUCCGGAGACUCAGGGUGGCUUACAAUGCGUUAAGCACUAGCCUUCAUACUUUUGUAUAUACCUGCUUAGUAGGGCUUUCGGGCCCCCCUAAGCGGUGUUCCUUUUUAUACAAAGUCAGCUUAUUGCCCACACAAUCCGGGUCCUCAUUUUACCUACCUCGGAAGGAUGGAAGGCUGAGUCAACCUUGAGCCUGGUAAGAUUUGAACUUGCAGUAAUUGCAGACAGCUGGUGUUACUUAACAGCACUUUAAUCUGCUGCGCCACCAAGGCUUUUGUUAAAUGCAUACUGGCUGCAAAGUAUCCCAAUCCCAAUCAUGUGAUAACUGCAUUGGCUGCAAGUUUGAGUACCAGUCAUAAACCUACUUUUUCAGUGCUGGUAUAACUUUGAACAGUAACUUAACUAGGCAUUCGGUAAAUGAGGAUUACUUGUAUAUUUGCAGUAUACUAACUGGCUUUAAUAAUGGAAACUGCCCAGAGGCAUUUACUGUCACUGCGUUCUUGUAUUUACCAGCUGAGCUCAUUAUUUCUGGACUGUCAGACUUUCCGUAGCUUGCCAAGAAUUGUUAUCAGUAAGCAAAACUGCGCAUGUCCACCCACAUUCCUUCACAUUCUUUCCUUUGUUCUCCUACCAGAGAGGUCCGCCUGGGAAAUAGCCGGCACGAACUAUUUCAAAAUGUAACUUUUAGAUUGGUGAGACUUGAUAUGGCCCAAAGGGCUAAUCAAUAAAUAAAAAUUGAAUUGAA